UUUGGAACCAUCGUAGGAUCUCCAAUUCAUAACUUCGUUGAAUCAGAAGCUGAGUAGCAAUGGCGUGCGUUAAAACUAAGUCGUGAUCUCGGAAGGGACCGAAACUUUUAAAAAAAACCUUCGUAACUAUAAAUACUUGGGGUUAUAUCAUUAACUUAAUUGUCAUCUCACCACCUUUACUUUGUUGUAGCAGAUAUUUAUUAAGUACAGCUUGCCAAGAUGAAGCUCAUAACCGCCUUCACUAACUUCCUAGCUGCCACCAACGUAGCCAUGGCAGCAAGUUUACCUCUGCGCGUCGUCUCUUUCAACAUUCGGUACGCCGCGACGUCUCUUGACACAAAUGAAAAGCCCUGGUCGGACCGCCGCACAGGUCUCAUCAACCAACUCAAGUCGGUAACCGCCAAUGCAUCGGCUGCCGGGGCUGUCUCAGUGCUGGGUCUCCAAGAAGUUCUCGACGCCCAACUAAAUGACAUCAAGAACGGUUUAGGAACCGACGUCUGGACUCAUUUUGGCUUCGGCCGUGACGAUGGAGAAAAAAAGGGCGAGUACAACCCGAUUAUCUACCGUCCCGACAUCCUCAAGCUAUUGUACAGCGAGCAGAAGUGGCUAUCGCCUACUCCAGACGAGGUCUCGUUCGGGUGGGGUGCCGGCAGCCGACGAGUCAGCGUGAUCGCUGUCUUUGAGCACAUAGAAACCGGAAAGCGGUUCAUCCACGCGAAUACGCACCUAGACAACGUGAGCUCGCAGGCACGCAGCGAGGGGAUCAAGGUCGUUUUGUCGCGCAUCCGGGCCGUGCAGGAUGAGUACGGUCCUUUGGGCGUAACGUUAACUGGCGACUUCAACUCGGAGCCAGGCGGCGACGCCUACGCUACGCUCGAGGACACGGGGUAUCUGACCGAGCUGUGGAACUCGGGGGCGAAAAGGCUGGGAACUAAUCAGCUAACGUACACGGGCUUUUCGACGACGGGCAAGACACGCAUCGACUUCGUCUGGUUCGGGCCUCAGGGCGAGGAUCGGUAUUCGGCGCAACAGUUUGAGUUCUUGAACAAUGAUAUAGACGGUGUUUUUAUUAGCGAUCAUCGGGCCGUGGUUGCUGACCUGACUGUACUUUGAGUUGGGAGUUUAGUAGGGUUUGGCAAUUGGCAUGCCUAUCUCAAUCAUCGGAGUAAAGACGGGAGAGUGAGACUUCGGAGUUAUGAUAGGGGCUAGGUAAUGGAUGCUCUAUUGAUUAACAAUAUGACGAGUCUCAAAUCACAAUUACGACCUUGGUUAAAUAAAUAGUAUUAAAUACGCGUAGAUGGAAUUUGAUAUAAGAGGAAGUUAAUACUACGUAGAUGAGUAAGGGAUUGA